CUGCAUCAACUCCAUGGAAGAUAUAAAAAGGAUGAUUGGAAUACAUCAGUUUUCAGUCUCAAAACUGAUUGCCAGUAAACUAUAUACAUAGCAGAAAGACACAGCAGAGAUUGAACAUCAGACAUGACGAGCGAGAAUGCUGAGGUGUACCCAGGCAAUGCUGCCUACCCUAAUCCAACAUUCCCCCCAAACCAGCCACCUCCUCAACCUUACCCUGGCUAUCCACCAGCUGCUCCUGGAAUGAAUGCCUACGACCCCACGAAACAGCCAAUGGGACCAGGAGUGCCAGCAGGUGCAAAUCCACCACCAUACCAACCAUCUGCAUACCCUUCUCAACAGCAACAACCAAUGUUUGCUGCACCUCAACCAAUGGCCCAGCAACAGAGCAGCAGUAAUGUGGUGGUAGUGAGUUCUCAGCCCACUACAGUGCCUACCACAGUGCAUGUGACAAGAAAUGAUCAAUCAGCUUUCAUCUUUGCCAUUGUGGUUACGCUCAUUCUGUUCUUCUGUGGCUGCUGGUGGUCUUUUGCCUGCACAAUACCUGCUAUGGUGCUCGGUAGCAUGGCAUCCUCUGCAGGGAGUAGAGGGGACGCUGACACUGAAGGCAAGUACAAAAAGAUCUCUAUCAUACUCACAGUGGUAGCUAUCGUGACUCAAGUGGUGGGAUUUAUCGUCGUGAUUGGUACGGUAGUAGGGGUCGUCCUUUCACCUGGUGCAUUCGUUUCAACAUCAUCACGCUGCCUCUCAUAUUAUUCUUAUUCGUCACGCUGCCGCUAUUAUGGCUGAUCUGACUCAGUUAAAACACUGGACAAAUUAACAUUGUAGAUAUCGAUCAAGAUGUAUUAUAGCUACAUUUUAUAUACUAACUAUAUAGUAUAGAUAUACGUUUUCAGUUUCAUGCAUGCACGCAGUUCAUGAGUAUAUUAUACAGUUGAAAGUUGACAAAAAAUUUAUCAUUUUAAAUUG